AUGGAUGACAGCCCCAUGGACGAUAACCGUAUCAACAACUCUAGUGAUUCCUCAAGUGAAUAUUCUGGCGGAUACCAAGGCUUGGGAAGACUUGAAAUAGAUGGCUUGGACAGGGAGGAAGUGCAGGUUGAUAUGCCUGUUGACGAGGGUACUGAUGAACGAGAUGAACUUGUUUGGAAUGCAAUCAUCAAAGUUGCAAGUUCUUCUUCACUAUUCAAGACUACCAUAGUAGAUUUGGAGAAUGCAAGGAACGAGCAGAAGAAAAGUAGAAUCAUUGAUUAUGUGUGGACGGCUGCAGCUCAGCUUAGAGGUGAAGUCAAACAAAAGGCUAGGAUACUCAUUCUCUCAGAAUACGCCCUCAAAGACAAGCUCCCAGAGGAAGUACAUACUAUAGUGGAGUGGUUGUUGAGUAAUGGAAAAGGUAUCUUUACGUUUGGUGGUUUGGAUGUUUCUACUUAUUCAUAUGACAAGCAAAAACCUUUUGGACAUUGUAUCAUCAAGCUACUAGUUCAGGUUCAGUGGUUCCAUAAGAAGGGGGAGGGCGUCCUCUAUCCAAGUGAUUUCAAAAACUCACCUUUGCCAUUAAUUGCCUUGGCUGUUACAGCUGUCAAAAACUGUCUUCAUGAACUUGCAAAAGGUGUUCGCACUACCUUGAAUUUCUCUGAACAGGUCUACAGGCCCAGGUUAGAAGAGCUACAAAGGAAAGCUCCUAGGUGGUUUUUGCAGUUUUGUAAAAACACUUACAAUGAUAUUCUUCAACAGUGUGAUUUACAGUACUUGAAUGCACAAGAGGACAACUGGGAGGAUGAGGUUGAUUUUGCAGCGCUUGAAGAUUCAGCAUCCUUAUAA